AUGAAGGAAAAUAUGCCCGUUCGCCUAUACUCUGGUAUUGAUUAUUUAAAGAAGCCACCAACCGCACCUGUGUUCGGUCCUCCUCUCACCUUUCAACGUAACGAUAGCAUUGGACGAAGACCUUUAAAUCUUAAAAUGGAAACAAUUGCCCAUAAGACAGGUAUAAUUGUGCCGAAUCUCAAUACACCAUGUGCCCUAAAUGUCUUGAGUUGGUGUUCUGCAUCGGAACAAAAUUAUUUUACCACAAAUCGAUUUUGGUUAUUAAUUGCAAAGGAUAUUGGAGAUUUAGAUAGUCUGGAGGCCCGAGAUAUAUUUCUACCACCCGAUAGUGAGGUGAAGGUGUUACUACAAAAUGAAGAUCGAACAUACUCUCUAAUUGAUGUCUAUAAAAUAGCCGAGCAGAAGGAGCUAAAGGCCCGUGAGAUUAUUGGCAAUUUUACGGAAAUCAAGGAUAUGAUAAAGAGCCUACAAAAAUACCGCUCUCCGAUUUCGUAUCGUGAAAACUUGGAGGGUAUUACAUUUAAAACCGGAUUGGUUAUUGCAUUUCCUGAUAUGUUUACCAAUAUCAAUGAUUUGUCGUUGCGUCACAUUGACACCAUAUCGAAGGUGAAUAAUCGCCUGACCUUGGAAUUGGCGAACAAAUUGAAUAUGAAAUUCAACACCCAUCAAAUGGAUAAUUAUGGCUGGCAUCAGCCGAAUGGUUCCUUCGAUGGUUUCAUGGGCCGUCUGCAGCGUUACGAAUUGGAUUUUGGACAAAUGGCUAUUUUUAUGCGCUUGGAUCGCAUUGCCUUGUGCGAUUUUGUUGCCGAAACCUUUCGCAUACGAGCUGGGGUUAUGUUCCGCCAACCACCAUUGUCGGCCGUGGCAAAUAUUUUCGCAAUGCCCUUUGAAAGUGAUGUCUGGAUAUCGAUCCUCAUAUUGAUUUUCUUUACCAUUUUUGUAUUCACCUUGGAGUUGUGGUUUUCACCACACGAUCAUGAUAUGGAUUUUUGGGAUGGUGUCGUUUUUGUGUGGGGUGCUAUGUGUCAGCAGGGAUUUUAUUUUUCAUUUGCCAAUCGUUCGGGUCGGAUAAUUAUUUUUACAACAUUUGUGGCAACGUUGUUUUUGUUCACCUCAUUUUCCGCAAAUAUUGUGGCGCUAUUGCAGAGUCCAUCGGAGGCUAUACAUAAUUUAAAGGAUUUAAGUCAAUCGCCAUUGGAGAUUGGAGUGCAGGAUACGGUGUAUAAUAAGAUAUACUUUAAUGAAUCCACGGAUCCCGUCACUAAUCUAUUGUAUCACAAGAAAAUCGCACCCAAAGGCGACAGCAUCUAUAUGCGUCCCAUGAUUGGUAUGGAAAAAAUGCGCACCGGCCUUUUUGCCUAUCAGGUGGAACUGCAGGCUGGUUAUCAAAUUAUUAGCGAUACUUUUAGUGAGCCAGAGAAAUGUGGUCUCAAGGAAUUGGAACCAUUUCAGCUGCCCAUGAUUGCAGUACCGACAAGGAAAAAUUUUCCAUACAAGGAACUGUUUCGAAGGCAAUUACGUUGGCAGCGUGAGGUGGGCCUCAUGAAUCGAGAAGAAUUGAAGUGGUUCCCACAAAAGCCGAAAUGUGAAGGUGGUGUUGGAGGGUUUGUAUCGAUUGGUCUUACCGAAUGUCGUUAUGCAUUGGCCAUGUUCGGUUAUGGUGUCCUGCUAGCCGUAAUUGUUUUUUGUUUCGAAAUAAUAAUAAAGAUUAUACAUCGUUUGGGUAGAAGGAUGAAUACCUAUUACAAUGGAAAUCGAUUUCCGGUUGUAUUGGAAGAAGAAUUAAUUUAA